AUGAUGGACAUGGGCGACGCGGGCAGGUUCAGCAUCGUGGACGUCAUCAGCGGCCAGACCCUCUUGGUGGUCCUGUCGCAGAACGACCAGGGCUUCCGGAGGCUCCAGCUCCUCACCGAGACCAUGGCCUUGUGCGCGAGCGCGGGGCCGCCAGAAGGCGCCCAGGGAGGCGUCUCCAGGCUGGAGCUGCGCGGGCCGGGCGGGCUGCUCCUCGGGAGUUUGGCGCCGCGGGAGGACGGCACGAUGGCCGUGCACAGGCAAGGGCAGCCGCAGCUCAUCAUCUGGGGCAACGAGGACGCCCUGGACCUCGAGGUCUCCACGGAGGACGGGCAGCCCACCGCGACGGUCUCGUGCACGCAAGACGGCGCCAGCGGGGCCGAGCACGUCGAGGUCAGCAUCUUCGACGGCUCGAAUGUCCAGCUCGUCGUUUGCUGCAUCUUCGCGAUCCUGUUCCUCUGCGGCGAG